AUGCAGAUUUGUGGUGACAACGGCGUCCCUCCUUCUCCAUAUGCCUCUUCUAUUAUCUGUCCCUCUACUUGCGGUGGUGUGAGUUGUGAGCCCAUCACGCAAUUCCUAUUCCCAAGUAAUUACUCGGGCACUGAGAAGAUAGACUAUGGUUCUGGCUCCUCCAGUCUGGCCAAACAGUCGCGACAAAUGACGACAAGCGUUUACGGAAGGGAAAUAGGCAAGGUUGAAGUGGAUACUUCAACAAUGUGUGAGUAUUUUUGGAGUUAA